AGACUAUCUGAAUGUGUAAGUGCGUGUGUCCCAGUCUGCAUGCUGUGCACAUGUUAUUAGGUCUGCUUGUUAUAUCUUUCCCUGUUUGCCUGCUCCCAGCUCUGUAGAUAUCUUCUGUGCAUGCUUUCAUGUCUGCUAAAAGUCAUGUUAUUCUCUGAGAUUGACUUGUUGCUACAUCUCUGCUUGUCACCCCAUGCUGACUCACACUCUGGUUGCCUUUUAGGCUGGAGCUGCAGUGAUGAAUGCCGGUAUCUGUGCAUGUGGGUUACAGUGGGUCUGUAUGUUGCGGAGGGUUAUCCAGUGCCUCAGUUCCACGGGAAGUGGCCCUUCACCAGGUUCCUGUGCUUUGAAGAGCCUGCCUCAGCUGUAGCCUCCCUCCUGAACGGGCUGGCCUGCCUGCUGAUGCUGAUUCGAUAUCGGAGCAUCGUGCCAAAGCAGUCACCAAUGUACCAGACCUGCUGCGCAUUCUCCAUGGUGUCCCUGAAUGCCUGGUUUUGGUCCACCGUGUUUCACACUCGAGAUACGUUUGUGACAGAGAAGAUGGAUUACUUCUGCGCAUCAGCUGUCAUUUUGUAUUCCAUCUACCUGUGCUGUGUGAGGACACUUGGACUUCAACGACCCAUUCUUUCCAGCUUCUUUGGACUUCUUCUCAUCCUGCUUUUCGCAUCUCAUGUUUCCUACUUGACAUUUGUUAGCUUCGACUAUGGCUAUAACAUGUUUGCUAACAGCGCUAUAGGUGUUAUCAACCUACUUUGGUGGCUAGGCUGGUGUACACGGAAUCGGCGCACACUGCCAUAUGCUUGGAAGUGCACCAUUGUUGUGUUGCUGCUCCAUGGAUUGGCCCUGUUGGAGCUUCUCGAUUUUCCACCUCUCCUUUGGGUCCUUGACGCUCAUGCUGUUUGGCACAUCAGUACCAUUCCUGUUCACUUUCUCUUCUACAGUUUCCUGAUUGACGAUAGCCUGUACCUCCUGAACACACAGAAGCGGGGCCUGAAGUUGGACUAGGUACUCUAGUGAGCAACAUGCAGACUUAUCUUGAUGACCCAUUUGGAGCUUCUGACUGACGUGCCGCGUAGGACUGAUUUUCUGACCUUGUUAAAUAAUUUUUCCUUGUGCUAUAUUCACUCAGUCUUGCCUUGACUGGCAGGUGGCACACUCCUUGUCGGGUGACUACAAACUCCCUGGUGCUGACAGAACCCGAUGGAGAGUGCUGACAGGUCAAUGGUAAAGUGCCCUGUGUUGGAUCGAUGUGCCUUAGAGCAGCUGCCAGCACCCGGGAGAGGGGUCCCUUCUUGUUGUGAUAAUUUCCUCUUUUUCCUUAUUUUGCUGCUUUUCUCCAAUGAUUUUUUUUUUAUUAUUAUUUAAUUUGAUUUUCUCAUUUCAAGUGCAUCAGUCACCUUAGCUGCCUUCACCCAAUUCUUUGCUAUUUUGCCAAUUUAAAUCAAUAAUGUGGAUUUUCAAAGCUCUUUGUGACCCCAAGAACUUCCCAAGCCAACUUUCAGGCCAAUUCUAUCUAAACCCUGUUCAUGCUAGGUGGCCUCUUCCUGUUUUUAUUCCCAGCAGUUUCUCUGUGUUUCCCUUUGCAGUCUCAUCUUAUCAACAUUUCUUGUUUGGGACUAUGAGGGUACCUUUGGGUACCUUUCUGGGACUGAUGUGGAAAAUGGCUGGGAGUCCUUUGAGUGUUUCUGGGUCAUGUGUCUCUUUGCCUUUCCCUUGGUGCACCUUUGUGGUGUAGAAUUCAGUUCUGCAUUACUUCUAAGUAUUUGCACCCUUUUCACAAGGAUGUGUUGUUUUUUGUGUUAUUCAUUCAAGAAGGUAAAAGAGUUGUCCUGUAGUCUGCAAAUUUUGAAGACAUACAGCCCCAUUCUAAACAUUUUGCCUUCUAGCGUAGAAAUGACAAACAAACAAGUCUCUUGUGCAAAACAUAGACUGAGAAAAUGUGAGGUGGUCGGCCUUCACUCCACAGGACGCCACUUGAAGCGAGAGUCCCAUUUGUCUUUGUAGAGUGAUGGCCAGAGGUGUGGAGAAGGGGUUAAUCUCAGUCAUGGUGAGGAUGUGUUCUGCAAUGAUUCCACAAUAAAUGAAUUGUAUCUCCUAAUGUGCCUUUUUUGUUAGUUUGGGUAGUUGAAUGACCCGCUUUAAAGGUGUCCAGGCUUUUACAACUGGGCGAUUCGGAGACACUGUCUCCGACAAACACCCAGAUCUCUGAGCCAGGGUGAAGGCUUGUGGAUGGCAGGAAGAGCCAACAAACACCAAAUCAUCAAAUCCAUCAACAUGAAAGGCUGCCAGAGGCAGAAAGCUUUCUACAGACAAGUGGAAAGGUCUGGAUUUGAUUUCUGGCCACUGCAGAUAAACAGUUCCCAUAAGUCGCUCAAUAUAGAGACGCCACUAAUUUAAUCAAACUUAAAAAUGGGGCUGUCCAACAUGCCUGGAAGUAAUGAUAAGGGUGGGCCCAACUGGCGGCGACCAGAUAAAUGACAUUGGGAGAUAAACAAGAGAAACACCUGUGCGCUUUAGGUAUUCCAUUAAAACAGAAAAGACAA